AUGGAUGAGGACCUGGUUUUGGCGCUGCGGCUUCAGGAGGAGUGGAACUUGCAGGUCUCGGAGCGCGAUCCGGCCCAGGAGCCCCUUUCUCUGGUGGACGCGUCCUGGGAGCUGGUGGACCCCACCCCCGAUUUGCAGGCCCUGUUUAUGCAGUUCAACGACCGUUUCUUCUGGGGCCAUCUGGAGGCGGUCGAGGUGAAGUGGAGCAUGCGAAUGACGCUGUGCGCUGGGGUAUGCAGCUACGAAGGCAGGGGCGGAAUGUGUUCCAUCCGCCUCAGUGAACCCCUCUUAAAGUUGAGACCAAGAAAGGAUCUGGUGGAGGUGUACCACACUUUCCACGACGAGGUGGAUGAGUACCGGCGACACUGGUGGCGCUGCAAUGGGCCGUGUCAGCACAAGAAGCCAUAUUACGGCUACGUGAAACGCGCCACCAACAGGGCACCCUCUGCUCAUGACUGCUGGUGGGCUGAGCACCAGAAAACCUGUGGAGGCACCUACAUAAAAAUCAAGGAACCAGAGAGCUACUCAAAAAAAGGCAAAGGAAAGACAAAACUAGGAAAGCAGCCAGUAUCAGAAGCAGAAAAUAAAGGUAAACCGAACAGAGGGGAGACACAGUUGUUAAUCCCUUUCAGUGGGAAAGGGUAUGUUCUAGGGGAAACCAGCAAUUCGCCUUCAUCUGGGAAAUGUCUCACUUCACAUGCUGUUAAAACCCAGGAUCUUUUAAAUCAGGACCGUUCAGCAAAUGCCUUAAGACCCAAUUCGAAACCUGAGGUGACAUUUGAACAGAACGGCUCAAGUGGGAAAACUUCCCAAGUCUCCGCUGCUCUCAAUUCCAGUCACCAAAGUGUUUUAAGCAACCACUUCUCGAGAGUAUCGGUCUCCAAGCACAAGGCUUUCAGAAGUGUGAGUGGGUCUCCGAUGAAAAGCCUCACGGUUGGUGACAUCACUAAAAACUCAGUCUCUUCUAGUUCUCAAAGGAGGGUGACAUCUUCUAAGAUAUCCCUAAGAAAUCCUUUAAAAGCAGAGAAAUCGACAUCUGUGACUGCACCCCAGGAUGCAGGUGGGCCUGAAGAUCAAUUCCCAAGUAAACGCCCCAGGCUCGAAGACAGGACUGUUUUCCACAACUUUUUUAUCGUGAAAGAGCAAACACAGAGUGGUGGUAACGAUCCAAAGUGUGGUUCAUGUCCUACAGCUGCAACGCAGAAUGCCAGCAGUUCAUCUAGUCAGAGCAAAAUGGUUCACUGUCCUGUUUGUCAGAGUGAAGUUUUGGAGUCUCAGAUUAACGAGCACUUGGACUGGUGCCUUGCAGGUGAUAGCCUCUAA